CAGGAGUCAGAGUCCGAGAACAAGCUGGAUGCAGAGACAGCGUCAGACAGUGAAAGCAGAUCUGAAUUUGGAGGAUCAGCCCCUGUGCCGACAUCAGAUGACACUCCAGAGGUCCUGAACAGAGCUCUCUCCAACCUGUCCUCAAGAUGGAAGAAUUGGUGGGUAAGAGGCAUCCUCACGCUGGCAAUGAUCACCUUCUUCUUCAUCAUCAUCUACUUGGGACCCAUGGUCUUAAUGACAAUAGUGAUGUGUGUCCAGAUCAAAUGUUUCCACGAGAUUAUCACAAUUGGCUAUAACGUGUACCACUCGUAUGACCUGCCCUGGUUCAGGACGCUCAGCUGGUACUUCCUGCUCUGCGUAAACUACUUUUUCUACGGCGAGACUGUGACGGAUUAUUUCUUCACCUUGGUUCAGAGAGAGGAGCCCCUGCGAAUUCUCAGCAAAUACCACCGCUUCAUUUCUUUCGCCCUGUACUUAACAGGUUUCUGCAUGUUUGUCUUGAGUCUGGUGAAGAAGCACUAUCGUCUGCAGUUCUACAUGUUUGGAUGGACCCACGUGACGUUGCUAAUCGUCGUUACCCAGUCGCACCUCAUCAUUCACAACCUGUUUGAAGGAAUGAUAUGGUUCAUCGUCCCAAUUUCCUGUGUCAUUUGCAAUGAUAUCAUGGCAUACAUGUUCGGGUUCUUCUUUGGUCGGACACCACUCAUCAAGCUCUCCCCAAAGAAGACCUGGGAGGGUUUUAUUGGAGGAUUUUUUGCCACCGUUUUGUUUGGAUUGCUGCUGUCCUACGUGAUGUCUGGGUACCGGUGCUUCACCUGUCCGGUGGAGUUCAACAAUGACACCAACAGCUUCACGGUGGACUGUGAGCCGUCCGAGCUGUUCCAGCUACAGGAGUACAACAUCCCCUUGGUGCUGCAGUCUGUGGUGGGCUGGAAGACAGUCCGGAUGUACCCCUUCCAAAUCCACAGCAUCGCCCUGUCUACAUUCGCCUCCCUCAUUGGGCCAUUCGGAGGCUUCUUUGCUAGUGGAUUUAAGAGGGCCUUCAAAAUCAAGGACUUUGCCAACACAAUCCCAGGGCACGGAGGUAUCAUGGACCGCUUUGACUGUCAGUACCUGAUGGCGACCUUUGUUAACGUGUACAUCGCAAGCUUUAUCAGGGGUCCUAACCCGAGCAAACUCAUCCAGCAGUUUUUAACCUUGCGGCCAGACCAGCAGCUGCACAUCUUCAACACGCUGAAAGCACACCUGGUUGACAAGGGGAUGUUAGGUAGCUUGGAGGACGCAUAGACAGCUGGGCAGUUGGAACAGGACUGAAAACAGACAAGCUUCCUCGAGGAAAUUCCUGGCUUGCCUGAUUUAAGACAAUAACAAGGCCUCAUUUCACUGUAACUUUUCUUCCUUUCUUGGUAAAUGUUUGCAUUUGUGGGUUUUUUUAAUAAUAUAUUUAUAUAGCUUUGGUUCAAAUGAGCAAAUCUUGGGUUUGUAGCUGAAGAGGAGUUAAGGCUUGGAAGGACUGUUGGGUGAAGUAGGAGGGUACGACUGUCCUCGUGGCCUGUUCUUAACCUUCGAUGCAUGUGGGCAGAGCUGAACUUUUCCUGUGAGUGUGUUUGUGCAGGGAACGCGCAAAGCCCUGUCCCUACGGCCGCCUCUGCGCCGGCGGGGAAGGGCAAGCCCUGCACCUCCCCUGGCCGUGGCACGAGGCUGCCCUCACGAUGGCAACUCUGGGGACCAUCACUUUCUCCGGUGGUAACUGUGAAUGCAAUGUUAACUUUCCCAGAAAGCCACGUUUAUGCCUGUGUGCAGUCUCGUUGCAGACUGCCUGGUGAGCGGGAGGCUCCGAGAGAUCCUGUACUCUUCCAGCCGUACUUCCUCUGCCAGGCACCUGCAUCUAUUUUCACUUGCUGGUUUUUGCGGUGCCUCUCACAUUCCCCCACUUUACGGCUGAUAUUUUGGCAAAUAAGAAUUUGUAACCAAUUAAACCAGAGAUAGACUGGGGUCAAGGAGUCAGGAAACUGGUAGUUGCUUGUGGGAAUGUGGGAGGUUCAAAUUGCUCCAAAACUGAGUCGAGUAAAUAGGUUUUAAAGAACAUUGAAGUUUCGUUGAAUAAUUCCUGCCAAGUAAGAACAACCCUUUAAAUAACUUGGUUCAUUUUUCCCCCAUCAAAUAACCUUUAAGAAACACUGAACCACACCUUUUAAUUUCUUGAUGGUUGGAAACCCUGCACUGGGAUAUUUCAAUGAAUUUGGAGAGCAGUUUCCAACUUGGUUUUUUUUUUCUGAAGUUUGCCGGUUGGGGCUCCAGCACCCCGCUGGUGCUGUCAGCUGGGCGUUUUGUUUUUCUUUCAGGGAUCAUGUCUAUCACCUGUUGGUUACUUGAGUUCUAGAUGUCAUGCUGCUGAGUUUAUCAUUGUGUUGCAUUUCAGUCUGGGUUCAUUUGCCUGCAGGCUUCUGUCCUGCUUCACUUCCUAAAUCUUCUCAUAAAGAGUUUGUACUUAACAGCUGCAAGUUUUAUCUAAGUGCUUCCCUUUAUUUUUUUUUUUUGAACCUUUUUAUUAUUUAAAAAUGAGAGCCCUGAAGAUUGUAAAACUUUUUUGUUUUGGUGAUCAGAUAGUGAAAAUAGCCCCAGUUUACACCUCAUGCAUUGUUCCCAAACACAAGCUGACUGGUUUUACUUCUUUCCAUUAGUUUGUGCAUGGGAGACAGAAACUUUACCUUAUUUUAACCUGGGGAACGAGUGACAGGGAAAGAUAAUACAGAAGUACAUUCCUGUUUUAAAUAGUUGCUGACAUAAAUCGUAUACACAGACACCCCCGUUCUGGAGACACGUACACGCUGCGAGCUAGCUGAGCAUUGACGGAAAAUAAAACACCGGAAAAUACUUCAUAGUUUGUGCUCCAUAUUCUGAACCUGUCAUUGCUUUCGUUUACCCUGGGUGAGCAGGAGAUUGAGCACGUGUAUAAAUACGUUAACGGAGACUGACUUCUCUCUUGCAUUUCUGUAGGACUCCGUGCGGUAAGCUCUGUGUCAUCUCCCUAAACAGGAACCCCAGGGCAGAAGUUUGUGCCCGUUGUACUGCAAAUCCAGGUAUUCGAUCAAAGCACGGAUUGUGGAGAAGAAGGCUCCGUUUCCACAAAGUAUUUUCAGCGUGGUGCUGGCAAAGUUCCUGGCUUCUGGUAGGAGUCAAACUACUGUGGUGGAGCCAGUUCAGGAUUGCAAGUAGAAGCUUUCCUGGACUAGUUGUGGAGUCUCUUCUCUUCCGGCUUGAAUUAGGCAGGGAUUUAUUUUCUGUCGAUUUAGAGGAUAUUGGUCCAAGCCCAUAAUUUGUAAAUUGGAGGGGAGAAUUUAGGUGCUUUCAUCGUGCUUUGCCCAGGGAGGAUAUUUGGUCUGUGUUUCAUGAGAGUUUGGCCGAGUUUAGCUAGGCAAAGUGGGGGCACCUGGGCGAAGUGACAGGGUUUUGUGUAGUCCCUGUGGGGUCAGACAAGCUGGUGCUUUUCUGGAUUCUCCCUGCCCAUUGCCAACACCUGCCAAAAUCCCCCGUAGCGCACUGUUGGGUCCCAAGUCAGUCAUCAGAAGAAGCUGUAGUGUUGAUAAAUAUUACAAAAGUGUACUGCUCUUUAUAUUAAGAAAUUUUUCAUAUGGGUCUUUAGUCUCCUGCUCGUCUUGCUUUAAACCUUUUGUACCUCUUUAGUUGUAAUUAGUGGGGCAGAAACGGGACGCAAAGCUUUUCUGCAUGCUUUUGAUUUUGAGGUGGCGUUUGGGCCUUUCUGCAGGGUGCAGCGCUGGCGGUGGACGCUGGAGGGCAAAGCAGUUGCAUUUAGGGUCUCCCGAGGGCGGGGAGAGGAGCAGCGGCAGUACUGCCUGUGGGUGCCUUCCCAGCUCUGUUCUUGCUUCCUUCCCAGCGCAGUUCAGGGGUGGCCUUCCAGGGCUGUUGUGAUCCUGAAGGGUGAAGCUGCGUGGAAGGAGUUCAGCAUCCUGCACUGAGUUUUAGUAAAUGGCGUGAGAACAGUGGAGGAGUGCGGGGGGGAGGUGGGGGUUGUUAAGGUUAUUUGCAAGCUGUACAGCUGAACUUUCCGAGACAUGCUGGUAGUAGGCACUGCACUGUGCGCCCCGCUGGGCUGAGCGCUGCGGCUGGCAAACCCACUUCUGCACCGCUGGGGUGAAUGUAUGUGGUGGUCCUGCUCAGCUCUUAGCGACAGCGUGCUGUCUGGGGGAGCGUGUGGGGGCUUUUCCCCAUCAGCCCAGCCCGUGAGCGGCUUUUGUUUGCUGUAGAUAUUUCAAGUUAGACCUAGAAAGUUAGAGGAGAUGGAAAGCUGACGUCUUGGCUUUGGCUGUCGCAAAGGCGUUAACUGUGACGCCAAGGGACGUGUACCGAGACACGUUGCACCUUUUUCAUUGCAUUAAGGCUUGCAGGCCUUGCGGCUCUCACAAGAGUUGGGGUUUGGAGGGAGGCUGGUGUGGCUCCUGCUGCUAGAGAGGCCGAGCUGACACCGGGGAUGUCUAGGUAGGGCGAUGCAGGGAUGAUCACGUGAAGCUUCUCCAGCUGCAGGGCUUGAGCUCAGCACUGCACAACGGAUUUUGUUCACAGUGGGCUCCGUGACCAGAGGAGUUCCUCCUGCUUGUGCCCAGCAAGAGGGGCAUAACUGAGAGCAGAUCAGCACGGGGGGAGGUAACGGUCGGCUGGUGCGUGUGCUUGGAUGGGAAGGAAAAGUAGGAUUUGGGCAGUGUGAGGCUUACGAGGGUGUUGCUGCUGCCGGGCAGGGGACAGGCUGGUGUGGAAACUGCCUCUUCCCAGGCUGUCACUGUGUCUCCAGUUGGAGCAGGCAGAGGGCUGUGAGUGUAUUAAAUAAGCGAAGGGAUGGUACGUGCUCGUAAAGCUGCUUUGGCGCGGUGUGAGAAGCUGGCUGUCCUGGUGGGGCCGCUGAACAGUCGCAUUUGCCGGCUGGUGGGUGAUUUAGCGGUCGGGGUGGGACCCUGCUUUGAUCCAGGGUCUGAGCAGGCGUGGCUGGGCUGGGCCUGUGUAGACCAGCACCUGGCGUGCUCUGAUAGGAAUUUGCUUCUCCGAGGCUGGUUGUAGCCCGGAUUAGUUUGCAGAUCGGAUGCACCGCCAGACUGUGGCCCGCAGUGCUCAGUGAAACGUCGACACCCGAUUUCUGCCUACGGCGUCCCGUGCUGCGCUGAGCAGCGUGCAUUGUGUAGACAUUUUCGGGGGGGUGAUGGGCCCAGAAGUCUGGCCCUGUGCAGAAGCUGGAAAUCCCAUAGCAUCCGGUAACGCUCGGCACCAGGCUGUGAAACGCCGGUACUGCUGUCCCUAGGUGUGUCUCCUCUUGCCGAUGCGUGCGGGAUCCUGGCACGUCUUCCUCCCCCCACCUCCCCUCACCGGCUCUGUCUGACAGGAGGAGGGCAAAGCUGGGUGGGAAGCAUCUGUGCAGCCCACCCAGACCCUCCUGGGGUCACAAACAGCAUCGCAUGAAAGCUCCCGUGGUUCCUGCCCCCUGUAACCAGCCCCGGAGUUGCAUUUCGUACUGCUGUAAUCUUUGUGUGCUCCUGUUCUCCAGACCUGAUGUAUUUCUACCAUCUGCUUCUUUCUCUGUGCAUUGUUCUUUUGAUUAAUGUUUUAGCUACACAUGUAGAGUCGCCUUUCUUUGACCGAAUGUCCGAAUGUGAUAUAUUGUAUAUUUUAAAGUAUUUACCCUAUUUAUAUACUAUAUGUUACUGUUAAAUAAAUAUAAGUUCCAUUA